ACGACUGGCCGGGCGGCGGGCCGGCGGGGCGCUUCUCCUGUAGUCCUGUUCUUCCACUCCUGCCGGUUUUCUCCCAGCGACCAAUCCAACCGUACGCCGGCGCCGCCCUGCAAGACCCCCCGCGUCGCCAUGGACCGCGAGGCGCUGCGCAUGGUCUUCUCGCCAGAGUUCUGGCGGAUGGGCGUUCUCUGGACCCUCUCCCUCCUCUACUCCUACCUACUCCUGUUCCUCCACGGCCGGACCGCCACCUAUCGCCGCCGGAGAGAUGUAGGUGGGCGUGAUAGCGGCGGCGGCGGCCGUCCCAUAUGCGUGGUCACCGGGGCGACGUCGGGGCUCGGCCAAGCGGCGGCUGCUGCGUUGGCGCGAGAGGGCUACUGCGUCGUGCUCGCUGGACGAUCUGCACAGUUGCUAUCUAAGACCACGCGAGAAAUUCGAAGGCAACAGCCUGAUGCCUGCCUUGAAGCGUUUCAAGUGGACUUGUCAUCUUACAUGUCAAUUAAGAAGUUCGAGACUUCGCUUAGUCAGUGGAUUCGAGACUCAGAUCAGGAGCCUUCCAUUCAGCUUUUGAUAAAUAAUGCUGGGAUGCUUGCGAAAUCGCAUCGACUUACCGAGGAUGGGAUUGAUGAAAUGAUGCAGACAAACUACGUUGGUCCAUUUAUGCUGACCAGCAUUCUUUUACCACUGCUGAAGAACAGCCAUGUACCAUCCCGAGUGGUUAAUCUAACAUCUUUCACACACAGAUGUGUGUCAGAAAUUGACGUAUCUGAAGAGGCACUACGAGGAGUAAAGUUUGGUCAGCGUUCAGUUGGUGGAAGUUACCCCUUAGCCUCUACUUAUGAGUAUACCAAGUUUUGUUUACUGAUGUUCUCAUAUGAACUUCAUCGACAACUUCACCUCUUUUCUGGUAUUUCCGUCAUGGCUGCCGACCCUGGUGUGGUAGAAACAGGCAUCAUGCGGGAGCUCCCUCCAUGCCUUUCUCGGUUCGCCUUCUUUGUUUUGCGUGUCAUGAAUCUCCUACAGAAGCCUGAUAUUGGGGUCGACGCUGUCAUUGACGCUGCCUUGGCACCACCUGAAGCAUCUGGGAAGUAUUUCUUUGGAGGGAACGGAAGGACCGUCAGGUCUUCUGCGCUGUCCUAUGACAUGGAGGCGGCCAAGAAGUUGUGGGCAGAAUCUUCAGCGUUGCUCCAGGAGCUCCAGCUUAGAGACUAUGAAUUUAGGAGGAAUUGAACCAGCUUGUAAAUUUGAGAUAGUUAGAUGAAUUCACAAGGAAACCUAACAGUAGAUGAUCAGUAGCACAGACCAUUUUUUUUUUUGAGGGAUUUCUUUUUUAGGGAAGUUCACAGAACCAUUCUUUUUUGGCCUGUCUUGCUGCGUACCUUUUGUUUUGUAGGAAAUAACUUGGGAAAAAAGAGAAGGGGUUUCCUUUUUUUUUUGAAUAAAGAGAGGCGCCAAAUUUCAUUCA